AUGGACAGGAUACCCGGGACCGAGGGCGGCGAUGUCGCAGACGAUUCAAUUGUCCGCCAGACAUCGCCGCCAAUUGUUGCCUUUGACAGAGCCGCCGACAGCAAGACGCAAAACGCGCAGGUUGCAGCGGGCGUGCUGCUGGGCACGAGCGACGAGGAUCGCGGUGCUGGUGAUGGGAAUUCAGUCGCGACGUCGAAUGGGCGCGGCUCAAGGACGAGACGCGGGACGCCGCUGGCGAGGCUGAAGCAUGUCUUGAUGACGUUUGGCAAGUUUGUGGGACCUGGCUUUAUGGUUUCUGUUGCGUACAUCGAUCCUGGUAAUUACUCUACCGACAUUGCGGCGGGCUCUUCGUACCGCUUCAAGCUCCUCUUCAUCGUCCUGCUCAGCAACCUCUUCGCCAUCCUCCUCCAGAGCCUCGCCAUCCAGCUGGGCACCGUCACGGGCCUUGAUCUGGCAGCGGCAUGUCGUGCUUACUUACCCCGAUGGCUCAACUACUUUCUCUACGUGCUCGCUGAAGUUGCCAUCAUCGCUACUGACAUUGCCGAGGUCAUUGGCACGGCCAUUGCGCUCAACCUCCUCAUCCCCAAGCUGCCUCUUGUUGCCGGCUGUGCUCUCUCCAUCCUCGACGUCAUGGCCAUCCUCGUCUUUUACCGCCCCGACGGCUCCAUGAAGGGCCUCCGCGUCUUCGAGUUCUUCGUCCUCCUCCUGGUCCUCGGCGUCGUCAUCUGCUUCUGCAUCCAGCUCUCCCUCAUCCAGCACACCAGCGUCGGCGAGGUCUUCAAGGGCUACCUCCCCUCUUCGGCCAUUGUCCAGUCCGACGGCCUCUACCAGGCGUGCGGCAUCCUCGGCGCCACCGUCAUGCCUCACAGCCUGUACCUCGGGUCCGGCAUCGUCAAGCCGCGCCUCAGGGACUACGACCAGAAGCACAACCUCAUGCCCCAGGAACCCGUGUCGGCGGCGUCAUCCACCAUGGACGAGAAUUACGACAAGGUCUACUACAUUCCUUCUCUGGCCGCCAUCAAGCACUGCCUCAAGUACUCCAUCACCGAGCUGGCGCUGUCGCUCUUCACUUUUGCCCUGUUUGUCAACUCCGCCAUCCUCAUCGUCGCCGGCGCCUCGCUGUACGGCAACCCAGACGCCCUUACCGCAGACAUCUUUGGCAUCCACCAGCUGCUUUCCAAGAGCAUCUCGUCCGGCGCCGGAACCAUUUUCGCCCUGGCACUCCUCCUUUCGGGUAUCUCGGCCGGUAUCGUAUGCACCAUUGCCGGCCAGAUGGUCAGCGAGGGCGCCCUGCGAUGGAAGAUGAAGCCCUGGUUACGACGCCUCAUCACGCGAUCCAUCAGCAUCACACCUUCCAUCAUCAUCGCCGGCGCUGUUGGGCAAACGGGUCUCGACAAGGCCCUCAACGCCUCUCAAGUGGUGCUCAGCACCGUGCUACCGUUUGUGACAUUCCCGCUCAUCUACUUCACUGCCCGGACGCGGUACAUGACGGUGCAGCCCGGCCCAGCCCGACUCCAAAUCGAGUCGAGGGAAGACGGCCGGCCGAUUGGCCAGCAAGGCAAGGACAUGUCCAACGGCUGGGUGCUCAUCAUUCUCAGCGCCCUCGUCUGGCUGCUCAUUGCAAUCAUGAAUGUCGCGAACCUAGUAUUGUUAGGACUAGGCAAUGCAUGA